AGUUAAUAUUCCCUCCUCAACCGUCCGAGAGUGACCCUGAUGUUGUUGUGAGUGUUAGCAGCUACAGCAUUUACAACUAUGUUGAUGAAAAAGGAGAGAACUAAUAUUGCUUUGGAUGGUACAAACUCUUGUGACCUGAAAGAAUGAGUCAUAGAUGGGCUUCAAAUACCUGGGUGAAAGUAAGCAGAGCAUUUCAUUUGUGGCAAGCACAUGCUCGCAAGUCAGCAGCAUCACUUCCCUCGUCUGGUACCUCUCACUGCAGGGUUCAUGUACAACAACCUUAUUGCUACAAGGUUGGCUAUCUCAGCUGGAGGCACAUCCACCACCUGAGGAUCACUGGGCGUAAGGGAUGGCUCUUUAAAGCUAACCAGGUUAGACAAAGACUUGGACUCCACACCAGCACCCUGUAUUUGAACACUUCAGCCUCACGGUGGUCUGCUGGUCUGAGCCAACAGAUGUCGCGGGUCAAGAACACACUGGACACAGUUUCUAAAGCUGUGAGUGGGACACAUACAGAACUUCUCUCCAAAAUCGGCAGACUCAAGCCUUAUGCUUUAAAGGCUGGGAAAAAGGCUGAGGCCAGUGUUGAGACAACGCGAAAAGCCGAGGAGAGUGCAGUCACGCCUACUCCUGCUCCCAUUAAUGCUGCUCCCCCUUCUACAUCUACUGCACCUAAACCCAUAUGUAACUCAUCUUCUGCAAGUCCUUCUAUUCCUACUUCUGCUGCUACAUUUGAUGCAAGUGCCACUACCUCCACUCAUCGUCACAAUUCUACCCAAGCGACUGUCACUGCCACAAUUCUGACUGUGCGUGAACUUAAGGAGAAAAGGCUGAGAAGUGUUGUUCCCGCUGUCCAAGCCACUGUUGCCAGGAAGCAAGAGGAGCUUAAACCUACACAGAGUGAUAGUGAGUGCAAGAGCACAACCUCCAAACAAACCACAGCACUUUUCCAUCCUAGCACCUUUACAGUCAGCCUGGAUGAGACUUACAACUACCUGGCCCAUCACAUUAACUCAUACUUUGGCAGCAGUGCAAAGACUCAGGACAAGAAAGUGGACAAUGUUCACUAUUCCUCUGCUUCCUCUCAGGAUCAACAAACUAGUGACCUCAUGUCGUUGUCUGAUAAAACAGACUCUGCUGUUCCAGUUAUCCCACCUUCCUCUAAGAAAGGUUUAGGACACUACCUGUCCUACUCAGCUCCCACUGUACAAGCCUUUGUGGGAAGCUACAUUGCUCCCCUGGUCCCCAAGUUUAGGACAGUAGAGUCCAAAAGUGCGACAGUGGAGGAGAAGAAAUCUGAGGCUACACCAGUUAAACAGGUUGAGGCUACAAUAAGUAAGGAGCAGAAGGCUGCAGAGGAGAAAGCCAAGAAACUUCUGCUUCAAAGAGAGAAGAUCAUUGCUAGGGUGAGUGUGGACAAUCGAACUCGGGCUCUGGUACAGGGUCUCCACAGGGCAUCGGAUGUAAAGGUCUACAUCAACAGGGUGGAGGACUUCAGCUACCAUCUCCUGGAGUUUCCAGAGACUAGUGGUGUUGCCGUCAAGGAGAAGGUUAUCCCUUGCCUACUGCGUCUGAAACAAGCCAAUGACCCAGGCCUGAGGGCAGCAGUUAGAGAAGCCCUCGCUCUGGUGGGCUACCAUGCACCUGUUAAAGGUCGGGGCAUACGGAUCCUGUCCAUAGAUGGAGGAGGGUUAAGGGGACUUCUUUCACUUCAGACGUUACACAAGCUGGAAGCCCUGACCGGCAAACCCAUUUACAAACUGUUUGAUUAUAUUUGUGGUGUCAGCACAGGUGCUAUCUUAGGGUUCAUGCUAGGUGUGUUCCAAAUCCCGCUGAACGAGUGCGAUGAUCUUUACCGGAAGUUGGGUUCAGACGUCUUCAAGCAGAACGUCAUUGUUGGCACCGUGAAGAUGGGCUGGAGCCAUGCUUACUAUGACAGCGAAGCCUGGGAGAACAUCCUUAGAGAGAAAAUGGGCUCUCACCUCCUGGUGGAGACUUCAAGAAACCCAGAUUGCCCCAAGGUGGCAGCGGUGAGCACCAUUGUGAACCGGGGCACUCCUCUGAAGGCCUAUGUGUUCAGGAACUACAACCUGCUGCCCGGGGUGCGUUCUCACUACCUGGGAGGCUGCCAGCACCAGCUGUGGCAGGCUAUCCGUGCUACGUCAGCAGCCCCUGGGUAUUUUCAGGAGUUCACCUUGGGAAAUGAUCUCCACCAGGAUGGAGGUCUGCUGAUUAACAACCCCACAGCACUGGCUAUCCAUGAGUGUAAGUGUUUGUGGCCUAACACGCCCUUGGAGUGUGUGGUCUCACUCGGUACGGGCCGCUUUGAAACUCCUGGCAAGAACAGCGCCACCUACACAAGCCUAAAAACCAAACUCACCAAUGUCAUCAGCAGCGCCACGGACACUGAGGAGGUUCACGCCAUGCUAGACGCCUUCCUCCCUCCCAACACUUAUUUCCGCUUCAACCCCUACAUGAGCGAAGAUAUCUCCAUGGACGAGAACCGGCACGAGAAGCUCAACUUUCUGCAGGCUGAGGGCAUCCGUUAUCUGGAGAGGAACGAGGAGAAGCUGAAGAAGGUCACGCGCAUCCUCACCCGAGAGAAAAGCUCCGUCCAGAGGAUGGCUGAGUGGGCCAGGCUCAGGGCUGACAUGUAUAACGGUCUGUCCUUUUACUCCUCUAAGCUCUAGAUGCAACACAAGCCACCUUUACCUCACAUGGAAACUUCUAAAUUGCCUAGAAUAUGUCAUCUUACCAUGAUUAGUGUGUCAUAGUUGUUGACUUCUUGACCUGUCCGCUGAAGAACAUUGUGCAAGUGCACAAGCAGGUAAUGUAUCCAACAUGCCAAACACUACGUCUUCGUCCUCGCUCAUACUGUACUUGACACUUGCAUCUGGUUGCCAAUGUGGUUGGCAGCACUGAACUUACCAUUCUGUUCCAUUCAAAGAAGAUGUGUCAAAUGAUGUGGAUUUGGGAACUCCCUAAAUAGGGAUUCACUGUCAGCUUUGCUAGCAAAUGCGUCUUGUAUACUUAAAGGAAUAGUUCAACAUUUUGGGAAAUACGCUUAUUCGCUUUCUUGCCGAAAGUCAGAAGAGAAGAUCGAUACCACGCAUAUGUCUGUACAGUCGAUAUGAAGCUGCCGACAGCAGUAGGUAGCAGUAGCUUAGCAUAAAGACUGGAAAUGGGGAAACAGCUAGCCUGGCUCUACUCAAAGGUAACAAAAUCUCCCUACCUAGCUGUUUCCCAUUUCCAGACUUUAUGCCAAGCUAAGAUAACCGGCUGCUGGCUUUGGCUACAUUUUUACUGUACAGAUCUUCUGUCUCUCCUCUAACAUUUGGCAAGAAAGCAAAUAAGCAUAUUUCCUAAAAUGUCAAACUAUUCCUUUAAAAAGCUAUAAAGGUUUAUGGUAGCCAGUAACAGUUUUUCCAGAUUGUUUUACCAAUUGAGCACCUUUUAACCACUUGCUUUUCUUUUAAAGAUUUGUUAUGACAACUAGUUUACCCUCAUAAACCUGUUUGUACUUUCAAAGAAAGACGUGUAGAUGGUAUACAUGUGUUAUUGAAAUACAUUAUUUGUUAAGCUAAGCUGCCAGCCUGUUACACUGUAAAACAGUAAUGUAAAGAAAUUACAGGAAAAAAAAUCCUUCUUAUUUUCUUAUUUAAGGUUCUAAUCAAGGUCAAUUUGAGCACCUAAUGCAAGUGACAUUUGUAAUGUUGUAAUGACUAAAAUUUGCACAUUAAACAAUGCAGCUACUGGUCAACUGUGUAAUUGUAUACUGAUUAUAGUGACAUUGGUACAUGAGGGCUCACCUCAAGCAUUACUGUGUUGCAUAUGUUGUAUGUAAAUGCAUGUUAUAUUUAAGAUUUUACACACAAAGACAAGUCAAUAUCUAGAAAAAAAUUGUAAAGAAGUGCAAGUUGCAAAGAUUUACUCCAAUAUUUCAUUCUAAAAUUAUAUAAUGAUUAAAUAUCAAGAGUAGAUAUGAUGAUUCUGAUAGAAGUAUCCAAAUGGAGCCUCACUGUCAUAAGGAUGUAACGUUUAUGUAUUAUUUUAGCCUCAGAGUAUUUGAAGUUCACUUGUUUCAAACGCUUUUAUCAUUGUGUGCUUGAUUGUUUGGUUUUAUGGCUUCCCCACAGGCUAUGCACAUUUUCUGCAGUGUGCCCUCUUUCCCUUUGAUGCCUCUUCAAAAGCCUCUUUCACCCUUUCUACCUUGAAGUGCUGUGUUUCGGUCUGCUGUACUGUAAUGUUUGUAAAAAAUCAUGCUGGUUUUAGCUGAAAGGACUGGUUUAAAACAGAUAGCUGCGUAUUGAUUUGUUAUGGCUGAAAAUGAUCUUAAUGACAUGUACUGCUAAAAAAUGCACUUGACAUUCAUUUCCAUGCCUAACCUGGUCAAGUACUGUAUAACUGAUACAACAAUGUGUCAGUCACUCCCAGAGGACCUGAGGUAAAAUGGUCACAGAUAUUACCCCGAUUAUAAUAUAAUUCCACUGUUCUCCCGUUGGUCCUGUGUAAAGACUGUUUGAGAGUGUAUGUAAUUAAAACCCAUCACUGAA